AUGGCCUUGGUGCCCAUGGGGCCUGAGGCCUCCUUUUUCGAGGUUUUAGACCAGCACAGGGCUUCCCUGGUGGCUGCCCUGAGGAGAAGGAGUGAGGAGUCCCCUCCUGGGGGGCCCCGCUCCACCUCUGGUUCAGAGGUUCUUGCAUCUAUUGAGAACAUUAUCCAGGGCAUAAUUGAAAGCCUGGCAAGAAAUGAAGCACCUGCCUUCUUGAUAGACAACAGAUCCAGCUGGGAGAAUAUACAGUUUGAAGAUUCUGUGGGUCUGCAAAUGAUAUCUAAUUGCUCCACCAGAAAAAUCAGAAGUGACUCACCAAAAUCAGCUCAGAAUUUUGCUCUGAUUCUUAAAAUAUUGUCCAUGAUUUAUAAGUUAGUACAGAGCAACACUUAUGCAACCAAAAGAGACAUAUAUUACACAGACAGCCAACUCUUUGGUAACCAGACUGUUGUGGACAAUAUAAUCAAUGAUGUUUCUUGUAUGUUAAAAGUGCCGAGGAGAAGUCUACAUAUAUUGUCUACAUCAAAAGGCUUAAUUGCUGGCAGUUUGAGCUACAUUGAGGAGGACGGCACCAGAGUGAACUGUACGGGCUGCUCAACAGGUGUUGCUGUGCCUUCUAACAUUCAAGGACUUCGAAAUAUCAUUACAGAUGCAAAAUUCCUAUUAAUUGUAGAAAAAGAUGCAACAUUUCAGCGCCUCCUAGAUGAUAACUUUUGCAGCAAGAUGUCUCCGUGCAUCAUGGUUACGGGGAAGGGAGUACCUGACCUGAACACUAGGCUUCUGGUCCGGAAGCUGUGGGACUCGUUUCACAUCCCACCGUUCACGCUUGUCGAUGCAGAUCCGCAUGGCAUAGAAAUAAUGUGCAUCUAUAAGUAUGGAUCUAUGUCUAUGUCUUUUGAAGCCCACAACCUCACAGUUCCAGCAAUUAGAUGGCUUGGUCUCCUUCCCUCGGAUAUUAAAAGGUUAAAUAUACCGAAAAAUACUUUCAUUCCACUGACAAAACGUGAUCAGAUGAAACUUGACAGUAUCUUGAAGAGACCUUAUGUUACCUGCCAACCAUUUUGGAGAAAGGAAUUGGAAAUAAUGGCAAACUCUAAGAUAAAGGCAGAAAUUCAAGCCCUGACUUUCAUCUCAUCUGAUUACCUUUCCCGGGUGUACUUACCUAACAAGUUAAAAUUUGGAGGGUGGUUAUGA